AAAUCUGGUCCUGCGAUAAGGAAAACGGAGGCAGGCAUAUGCGAGACACACACACUCUCUCUCUUACCGAGUUGUCUAUCACUCCCACAAUACCGCCUCGUCUCUCGAACGUUGGAUCCAAGCCAUACAGCAUGCAGAGAGACUGAUAUGUCGGCCGCGGUCUGCGAUAGUGUGCAUGAUAAGCGUGCGACAUGCCCCCCAAUAAUGGUUGUCGGGAUCUGGACAACGAAUCCUCUCAGCCACAUGGCUUUUCUGGCCAGGGUAAAACUGCCACUGCUCGUCGACUAGCCUGGCGAGGAAGGGGGGGAGAAAGAAGUACCUGAUAGUACUUGGUGGACUUGCACUUCCUCCGCAGGGAGCGAAGCUUGUUUAACUUAACAUCAACUCUUCCUCCCCCGAUUUCAAUGGUUUGCUUCUGGUCCUUUGCUUCGUGACAGUCAGUCCUGCGUCGCAGCAGUAGUACUCUGUCUCCCGCCUGUGUCUGGACCGUGGUUUGUGUCUUUCUGGACUGUCUCACCCCGCUCGUCCCAAGAUGAAGGACCAGAAGAUCGAGUAUGUGGCCGAGGAUCUGGACGCGACGACCACGCUGGAGGACGCCAAGUCGGUGGGCAGCGAUGAUGCCCUGCUCAUGUCCAUGGGCAAGAAGCCCGAGCUGCGACGUGUCUACAACUUCUGGACGCUGUGCGCGUACCAGAUCAUGAUCUCGUGCAGUUGGUCCUGCCUGGUGGUCCUCUACUCGACCAUCUUCGACGUGGGCGGCCCGUUUGCUCUCAUCUGGGGCACGCUUUUCGUCGCCGUCGGCCAGACGCUCCUGAUGAUGUCCCUGGCCGAAUACUGCACCAUCUGGCCGACGGCGGGCGGUCAACAGUACUACGUCCAAGCCGUGGCAACCGGUAAGCUACGGCCGAUCUUGUCGUAUCUUGUCGGAUGGGCCGUCAUUGUCGGCGAGAUCAGCACGGGGUCAAGCUGCGCGAUCAACAGUGCUCAAAUCAUUGCAUCUUUUGUCGAGGUCACGCAUCCGGAUUUUUCGUGGAAGCCCUGGAUGACAUGGAUCAUCUACACAGCCUUUCUCAUCGGCCCUAUCGUCAUGAACCUGAAGCAGUCCUGGCUUCCGGGCAUGAACAUGUUUGGCGCCAUCUGGACUAUCGCGGGCGGUGUCGCGUGGGCCGUGGUCUUUGCCGUCAUGGCGCCCAAGCACGACGCCAAGUUCAUCUUCACAAAGUUCAUCAACAACUCGGGCUACACCAGUGCCGGCUGGGUCUUUAUCAUGUCCUUCUACUCGCCCAUGUACGGGCUCUACGGCACCGACGGCAUGAUGCAUCUUGUCGAAGAGAUGAGAAACGCCUCCCGAGACGCCCCGCGCGUGAUGGUCUGGUCGAUGAUCUUCUGCAGCAUCACCAGCUGGCUGGCAGCGCUGCUGAUGCUCUGGACGGCCGGCAACUGGGAAGAGUACAUGCUCGCGUCCCAGCCCUAUAUGAACUGGUGGAUGGACAUCUGCAACAGCGUCUACGGCGGUGGCAUCUUCUGCGCGCUGAUCAUGAUCGGGCUCAACUUCUUCAUCAUCGUCGGCACCAACAACGCCGGCUCCCGCCUCGCCUGGAGCAUGGCCCGCGACAAGGCCUUUCCCUACUCCGACUACUUUGCGCAUGUCAGUGAGAGGUUCCACAUCCCGCUGCGGGCGAUGAUUGCCAUUCUGGUCGUGGACCUGGUGAUUGGGCUCAUCGUGCUCGGGAGCGAUCUGGCGUUUGAGUCGAUCAUUUCGGGCGGCGGCGUGACGUUACAGAUUGGCUAUGUGACGCCGGUGAUAGUGGUCCUCCUGCGCGGCCGCAAAAUCCUCCCUCCGCGCCCGCACUUCGACCUCGGCCGCUGGGGCUACCCGAUCAACAUUGUCUCCGUGUGCUGGUCGCUGAUCGUCAUCGUCAUGUACCUGUGCCCGCUGUACGUGCCCGUCACGAUCCCCACCAUCGACUACAUGAACUGGUCGUGCCUGAUCGUCGGCGCCACCAUCCUCUUCCCGGGCGCCUAUUGGGUCUGGCGCGCCCGCUUCCGCUACAUCCGCGAGGGCAACUCCGUGCUCGAGGACAAUGUCGUCUGGAUCAGCGGCGUGGCGGUCGGCGGGGCUGAGGCGUUGGGGGGCCAGGGUCAUACCAGUGCUGGUGCCAGUUCUGGGUCGGCGGAGAAGUAGAUAACUAUAGAUAGAUACUGUAGAUACCUGUGCAGCUACAUGGAGGUCACCACCUACCUACCUACCUGCCUGCCUGCCUGGCGAGCCAGGGUGCAUACGAGGUAGACCGGGUUAGUAGGCGGACACGGACGACACAGGCUUGCGUGGAAGUAUGUGAUGGUAUAGCGACGAUGGGCGGUGGAAGGAAUUGGCAUGGCGGCGUUGGGCGACCACAUUGCACCUCUAGGAGGGUACAUUGGUUCACGAUGGGUUUCUG